GAUGCAGUUCUAUUGUAAUAAUGCUUUUACUUCGUACUUUUUACAAAAUCUGGUUUAAAUAUUGCAUUUUUUAUCUCUUAAUUUUUGUUCUGCUUCAUCUGAGUAUGUAUGUUUGUGUUCUUAUCAAAUAUUACCUGGUCAAGGCACUAGUUCACUUGGUCAGUGAUUUAACCAAUGAAUCGUAGAUUGAACUGCUUAAAUAAAAAAUUAAUUAAGGGGGAAAAGUUGAGAAACAGGAGGAGGAUGAAUUUAUUCACUAACAACUCAUUUUUAGGUUUAGCUUGAGUUAUAGCUAGAGAAGCCCUUGCUACUCGUUUGGUUUUCUUCCUCUUUUCUCUUACGCUGUGUUUGUUUAGGGGGAAAUAGGGGGGAAUUGAAAAUGAAUGGAAAGAAAAAGGAAGGAAUUGUUCAAUUUCACUUGUUUGGGAAUGAAAGAAAAUAUAAAGGGAAAAUAACAACAGUAACAAACAGUGACGGGACCCAUCAAAAUCUUUUCUCUCCAAGUAAGGCGAGAAAAUGGAAAGAAAAUUCAUUUCACUACUUCAUUUCCAAACCCUACCCUUUCGAAGCUCUGAAGACUCUUCUUCAACCUACUCAGCUGUGCAUGCUACACCCACUUCCAACACUAUCAACUAGUGCAAGUUACUAACGUCCAUUCUUCCACCACUUCUCAAUCAUUUUUUGGUCACGGCAUCUUCCAUCUACCGGUCAAAUCUGUGCUUGUUAAAUGGAUAAGGCUGAUCAUGAAGAAAGUUUUUUGGUCCCCAAUAUGGAAGACAUCUUUAAUUGUGAAUUCCCACUAAACCUUUCCUUUAAGUUCGGGGUCGAUAAUCAAGAAAAUCUGUUAACCCUUGAAAACCAAGAACAUAUAUUAACAGUUUUGAGGGAGGAUUGGAAAAGACGACAGAAAUUAUGCACCAUUACACUGAUAUGUUACAUCGUGCACAUGUUAUAUUUAUUGAGAUUUAUGUCUACGCGGGUUGACAAAUCCAUCUCCCAUAAAUUGGUUGGGCGAGAACAAAUUCGAGCUACUUUAAUGCAACAGUUAAGAGAAACUCAUAGGUGUCGUGACAUCCUACGCAUGGGCCCUGAUGCAUUUCUUCAAUUGUGUGAGAAAUUAAGAGCAACACGUCAAGUGAGGGAUACAAAACAUGUUACAGUAGAGGAGCAAGUUGCUAGGUUCUUGUAUAUAAUAGCUCAUAAUGUGAAAACUAGAACCGUUUCUUUUUUCUACCACCGGUCUGGAGAAACUGUUAGCCGCCACUUCCAUGCUGUGUUACGGGCAAUUAUUUUACUAGAGGAUGAAUUUCUUCGACAACCAUCUGCAUCCAUUGUAUCUCCGGCGAUCCUUCACAAUCAUAGAUUUUAUCCUUAUUUCAAGGACUGUAUUGGAGCUAUAGAUGGAACACAUUUUCGUGUCAAAGUACCCAUAGCGGAUCAACCUAAAUUUCGAGGGAGAAAAGACUGGCCGACACAGAAUGUAUUAGCUGCAUGUGAUUUUGAUAUGAAGUUCACUUAUGUAUUAACGGGUUGGAAAGGAAUAGUAUCUGACUCAAAAGUUCUUAAGAAUGCAUUAUCGAGGGAUGAUAAUCUUAAACUUCCACGAGGAAAAUUUUACCUUGGGGAUGCUGGAUUUAUGCUGAAGCAUGGAUUAAUUACCCCAUAUCGAAGUGUAAGGUAUCACCUAAAAGAGUAUGCAAGACGUGGCCCAGAAAAUGAAAAAGAAUUAUUUAAUCUUCGUCAUGCUUCAUUGAGAAAUGUUAUCGAAAGGUCAUUUGGAGUUUUAAAGAAAAGAUUUGCAAUAAUCACAAGUGGCACUGAACCACAUUAUGACUUUGAGACUAUGACUGAAAUUGUGUUAGCUUGUUGCAUAUUACAUAACUUUUUAAUGGGUGUAGAUUCUGAUCCACAUCUCAUAGCUCAAGUUGACCGAGAACUACAAGAAAAUAAUCCAGAAGAGGAUGAAGUAGUUCGACAUGAACAAGAUGAAGACUAUAGGCGAGGAGCCAUAUUAAGGGAUGAAAUAGCUGCUCAAAUGUGGGCUGACUAUCAACUAGGACUCUGAUCACUCAUUUACAAAAUUUUGCGAAUAACGUUAUUAGUUGUAUUAUCUAUGCGCUGAGUUGAUUUUAUAACUAUGAUUUGUUAUUAUUGAAUUCAUGUUACCUCUUGAAGUGUUACCAUAUUCUGUUUGAGGACUUUGGUGUGCACAAGUUGAAUCACUUUGUCAUAUAUUGUACUUAUGGAGUGUAUUGAAUCUUUAUUUGUUGAGUAAUUGAUAAGAUAGUUUACAAA